AUGGACAGCGAUCAUACCCAGUCGCAGGCCCAGCCAUGUGGCCUCAACGACCCCGAACAAGAGAAUACAUUCAGCUUUACUCCCAUCAAGGCUAUAAAGGCUUUGCCCCGUCUCUGGGAACGCAAGCCAGCGACCCCAUUCCAGGGUGGAAUCAAGUCGAAGAAAUUGUGGAAACGUUUCCACGCGUCUUUUUCCAACAUGCAGUCGCUUCAGCAAUCGAGUGCGCUGGAGCAAAACGCAUUUCAGACCGCUAUCAACUCAUUCACCAACACAUCCAUCAACCCAUCCAAGGAUACAACAUUUGCGCGCGGCGUCAAGCGCCUUCGUGUCGGCUCUGAUGGCGCCGAUGACCGGAAAGACAUUGGUUUCCAGCAGAGCGGACGCUCUUUCCUCGAGACUAAAUGGGAAGGGGAAAUGCGGAAGCGACGCAAACUGCCCGAUGCGCCAUUCAAUAUUUUCGACGAAAGCUCGCAGCACAAGCCGACUUUGGUUUUGAGCCAGUCCGUGGGGACCGGCAAUGCCGACGGCCAAUACGAUGAAAAUAAUGGCCUUUGCGACGUUGAGAGCGAGCUAGCGAUGACCGCUUCGCCCACACCGCGCAGCCACCUACGAAGCCCUUCCAAGGCGACAAUCUUCCAGGAUUCUAUGCAGCCAUUUAACUUCAACUCAUCAAUCUCCGAAGCCAAGACCUUCGAAAGUCAGGACACUCAAUCCAGAGACCAAGAAUACCACGAAAUUAUCAACAAUGUAGUGGAGGAAGGCAAUCAGAACAUAGCGCCCACACCUACGAAGGUCGUGCGAGAUCUGACCCAGAAGCAGGAGGGAACACUGGUCCGAUCAGCGCUUCGGAGCUCAUUGGAUGGAGAGGAUGCCGAGCUAUUGAACGAUUUCCUCUCGAAGGCCAAGGCCAAGCGUGCAGCAAAGGCGGCACUCGUGGAUGCCCACGAGGGCGCUACUCAGGUGUCAUCCAGCCCCGAAGAGUCACCAGAGGAAGCGCUCACGCCACGCUCCCGACGAGUUCUGGAGGAUUUGGACGCGAACUCUCCUUCGCCCGUCAAGACUCAGGCCUCACCGAUCAAGAGCGAUACGAUCGCCUUUGAGGAUGCCCGGGAAGAUGCAAUCAGCAAGGAAAUUCAAGAUGAUGAGCCGGCCCCUGCAAGCCCUGCAUGCCGACGAAGCACUCGCGUCAAAGCUCCCGCAGCUAACCCAUCAGCUGUGCGCAACACUAUCGCACUCCGGCGGGCAAAGGGUACCGAAUUUGUUUUUCUGCAGCGGACCGAGGCUCAAGAAUUGGCCCUGGCUACGAAGAAAAACACUCGCAACAACAGGGGUGACUCUGUGAUGCCCAAGUAUGUCCUCCAGGCCAUGGCCGAGCAGGAAUAUGAAGACUCAGCAGCUCCGGUGCAAGACCGAUCAGAUCGUAAGGUUUCUGGCCGUCGACUUGCCUCGAAGAAUGUCACGUGGAAUGACGACCGCCUCGUGGAGUUCGAAGAUUACAACCCGACGCCGGAGCUGGAGGAAGAGGAUAGCGGCAGCUGCAAGAGUGACGUCGACGAUGCUUCCAUCCGAUCUGAAGCCAAUCCCGCAGAGAAGAAAGCAUCGACCAGUGGCCGUAGCAGCCGUGCCCAUGUGCAGAAGUUAAGCCAUGAGGCUGCCAGCUUGGAGUCCGAGAGCUCCUCGACCACCCCUGCUGCAGCGCCAGCUGCAGCCCCACGUUCUCGACGGGUGCGGCGCAUGGGCGACUCAACUGGUGUGUCGGGCACACCUGUGAAGGCCGGCAGUGGUCGCAUCAGCAAGCCUUCGAGCGCCACGGCACCCACGGAUGCGCCAUCAACCCCCCCUAAGGCUCGUCGCAAGCUUGUUCCGAAGUCUCCCAGCUCUUCGCUGCUUCCGGCUCCCGUCGCAAAGGGAAGCGCCAGUAGUAUUCCUACACGCCGCACAAAUACUUCCAACGAGGAACCCAAGCGGAAGAGCAUGCUCCAGUCUAGUGCAGGAUGCACCCCCGCCGGGUCCGAGUGA